AUGGUCAUUCAGUUUAAUGUGUUGCGUAAAAAUCUGUCUUCCAAGACAAGCGUUAGCGACAAACCGCUGGCUAAACUUACUCCUGGAAAAAAACCUAUCCCUUCUGCGCAAGCGCAACAGGCUAAACAAAUAACACAAGUUGGGGGACCAAAAUCCGGUAGCAAGUUUUACGAAGGGCGACACACAAUAACAUACAAGGCUACAGAUAGAGAAGGAGCAACUGAUUACUGUGCGCAAUAUGUAACUAUUAAAGUCAUAAAGUGCAAAAGUCUUGGAACUCCGAAUCACGGCAGUAAAAACUGUGACAACGAUAACAAUAUUUAUGGUACUGACUGUCAGUUCUCCUGUGACACGGGCUACAAACUUAGAGGCUACUCAAAGUCUUCUUGUCAAAAGAGCGGUCAUUUUAACCACCCCUCGCCAACCUGCAAUAUUGUCCAUUGCAAUAUCCUCACAACACCUUCUCACGGAUCUAAAUACUGUGACAAUAAACAAAACGUUUACGGUACUGAGUGUACAUUCAGUUGUGACAAGGGUUUCGAACUCAAUGGCUACGAAACGUCAACGUGUCAGAGUAGUGGAUCAUACAGCCAUUCCACGCCAUCAUGCAACAGAGUGUCGUGUCCCUUGCUUUCAACACCAGCACAUGGUACGGGGUUUAGCUGUACUAACGGGAGGCACUACGGUAGCGUCUGUUCGCUGGAGUGUGAGGCGGGUUACUCGCCGGAGCUGGGAUUGUACACCUUGUGUCAAGACACGAAGCGAUGGAGCGCCACGAAGUUUUUAUGCAAACCCAAUCGAUGCAGCAGUCUGAUGACGCCAUCUUUCGGAACAAAAAAGUGCAACAAAAAACAUAACGAAUACGGUACCGAAUGCAAGUUCAGUUGUAACGCGGGAUUUUUACUUGAUGGCCAUGAAAAGUCGAAAUGUCUGCAUAAUGGGUCUUACACUCACCCCACACCAAAGUGCCACAGAAUUGCGUGUUCUGCAUUAGAGCUUCCUGAACACGGGACUGAGUUCAAAUGUACUAACAGUUGGUUGUUUGGCAGCGUGUGCUCCCUCGAAUGUCAGACAGGGUACACGACAGUCGGUGAAUCUCACAUCAUGUGUGACGUCAACAGAACGUGGACCAAGUCUGACUUUUCUUGUCGAGGUAUUCAGUGCAACAUCUUGUCGACGCCGUAUCACGGAAUCAAACGGUGUAACAGCCAUCAGAAUAUUUACGGUACCAAGUGUACGUUCAUCUGUGAGAAGGGGUUUGAACUCAGUGGCCACAGUACGUCUUCGUGUCUGAGCAAUGGGUCAUAUAGCCACCCCACGCCAACGUGCAACAAAAAUGCAGCAAAUUCAGCAAACCCCACGCCAACGUGCAACAGUAAGAGAUUUUACUUAAAGUGA